UGACAUGGCCGACGAGGAGGGUUGCAUGCAUGCGGUGCAGCUGGCGCUGUCGUCUGUGCUACCGAUGACGCUCAAGGCUGCCAUCGAGCUGGGCCUGCUGGAGAUCCUCGUGGGCGCCGGCGGGGAGGCGCUGAGUCCGGAGGAGGUGGCCGCGAAGCUGCCGGCCGAGGCCAACCCUGACGCGGCGUCCAUGGUGGACCGCAUGCUGCGGGUGCUGGCCUCUCACGAUAUCGUGUCGUGCAUGGUGGAGGAGGGCAAAGACGGCAACCUCUCCCGCCGUUACAGCCCGGCGCCGGUGUGCAAGUGGCUCACCCCCAACGAGGACGGCGUCUCCAUGGCCCCGUACGUCGUCGUCGCCCAGGACAAGGUCUUCAUGGAGCCCUGGUGCUACAUGAAGAAGGCGGUCCUGGAGGGCGGCAGCCCGUUCAACAUGGCGUACGGGAUGUCAUGGUACGACUACGCUGGCACGGACCCGCGCUUCAACCGCCUCUUCAACGAGGCCAUGAGACACCACUCCGUCAUCAUCACCAAGAAGCUCCUUGAACUAUACACCGGCUUCGAGGGUGUCGGCACCCUCGUCGAUGUCGGCGGCGGCAUCGGCACCACCAUCCACGCCAUCACCUCCAAGUACCCGAGAAUCAAAGGGAUCAACUUCGACCUCUCCCAUGUCAUCUCCGAGGCGCCGCCCUACCCCGGCGUGCAGGUGGAGCACGUCGGCGGCGACAUGUUUGAGAAGGUGCCCUCCGGCGACGCCAUCCUCAUGAAGUGGAUCCUUCUCUCCUUUACGGAUGAUAGGUGUGUGGCGUUGCUCAAGAACUGCUACAACGCCCUGCCCGUGCACGGCAAGGUGAUCAACGUGGAGUGCAUACUGCCUAGGAACCUGGACGCCACACACCGCGUGCAGGGGUGCGUGAGCGCCGACAUGAGCAUGCUCGCCAACAGCCCCGACGGCAAGGAGAGGUACCUCACCGACUUCGAGAGGCUGGCCAAGGAAGCCGGCUUCGCCAGCGUCAAGGCCACCUACAUCUACACCAACUUCUGGGCCAUUGAGUACACCAAGUAGCCACAUGGUGGAGACCUCUCUUCUACAGCUGCUGCUUUAUAUGUUUGAUUUCUAAUUUCGUAUAUCUUUCCAUUAUGCACAAACUUGUUCAUGGCCCUAUUCGACAGUUGAUUUGUUUGCAUUUACUGUGUACUCCCUUCCUACUUGGCAUAUAAGAUUUGUCUGAAGUCAAACUUCAUG